GCGGAAAUGGAAGAAUACUAAAGUGGUCUAUCUAAUAUAGUGUGUGUGAAUGUCGGAAACACAGAAGCGAUGUAGUGAUUAGUGCGUUAUUAGUGUAGCUAUAUGUAGUGAUUAGUGCGUUAUUACUGUAGCUAUAUGUAGUGAUUAGUGCGUUAUUACUGUAGCUAUAUGUAGUGAUUAGUGCGUUAUUACUGAGUCUCGGACAGUCGGCGUUUUACAGAGUCCCAAUACUUCUAUUCCACUCUCAUGGAUUCUCUUGAAGACACCUUCGAGGGGCUGUCAAUCUCCAGACGCUUGCAGCCAGACGAUCCUUCGUACAUACUGGACUUAAGCCUUUCUACUAUAGACCUUAUCGCCGUGUCGUGCUCCAAUCAUGCUGUUCGCCUGCACGCUAAAGAGACCCUCAGAGUUCUGGGAGAAUAUCAGGGCCACACCGGGGCCGUUUUCGGGGUUCGGUUUUCUCCGUCUCUACCCAAUCUGCUCUUUACCGGCUCUUCGGACGGUACGGUACGAAGCUGGGAUGUGCGUCAGCCCGGUUCCUCCGUGGUUCGAGUGUUCAGGAGCGAUCCAGAUCAUGCGUACUGUUCCUUCGACGUGAGCUGUAAUGACACGGUUGUGUGUGCCGGCACCGAACAGCUGGGUGAAGACAGCUUUCUGGUUUUCUGGGAUUCGCGGAUGAUGGGAAGUGGAACCAAAAAGGACGGGCUGCUGGGCGUAUACUCCGAGUCGCACAGUGACGACAUAACAGCCGUGCGCUUCCACCCAAAGCAGGCUGACAGGCUGGCGUCGGGUUCAACAGAUGGCCUGGUGAACGUGUUCGAUUUGAGUUUGGGUAAAGAAGACGACGCUCUUGUCACCACGUGCAACUGCGACUCCUCCGCCAGUGCCCUCUGUUGGUCAGGUAAAAAUCGGGACCAGCUGCUGUGUCUGACUCACGACGAAGGCCUCCAGCUGUGGGAUUUGUCCCGGCUGGACAGCGACGACUCGUUCACCCUUUUCAGUUCGGCCGACGCUCGAACCCUUGUCUCCUUACCCGAGGGAACCUCCCUGGACUAUUUUGUGGGCGGAAUGUGGCUGGAGGAAGCAGCUUGUUUGGUCGUCUUGGGCGGAACCCACAGCGGAGAGCUCCACUUGCUGGACUGCAGCAGCACUGAACUGAAACUGAUGAAGUCACUGAUCGGCGGCCAUUCGUCCACGGUGAGGUGUUUUCAGUGGGACGCGGUGGGCAACGCUUUGCUGACAGGCGGAGAGGACGGCCAGCUGCUGCAGUGGAAGGCGGGAGCCGAGGAGAUCAGCGUGGGGAAGAGAGACAACUUUAAAAGCAUCUCGUCUGUGCAACUUAAAGCAAAAUCACAAAGGAAGCAGGCGUUGAAAAGAGAGAAGAAGUGUACAUUUUAAUUUUCAUCCUUUCUGUGGAAGAUUAGACUUUUACAAUAUUGAACAUGGAUUAUAUUUUAAUAAAACAUUAUGAUGAAA